UGCGCACUGACCUAACGACCGGCUGGUGAGGUGCGCGUGCUGCCGUGCCUCGGUCUCACAGGCUUGUUUGGGGAGCUCACCUGGCCGUCGCUGAUGGAGACCAGACAACAAGAGCUGUACUCUAGUGUUCUGAGUGAAGCAGUGGUGGACUGGGGCAGCAUGGGUCCCGGAGAGGAAUGGGUUAACUCAGCCACACGCGAGGGAGAGCAGGAGAGAGGACACCUCACAGCAGGUUUUCUGGACUCUGAGCCACUGAGAGAGGCUGAUGAAGAUUUGGUGUCAGAAGUCAACUUAAACAACUCCGUCAUGACAGAGGAGGAGAGAGAGGAGAUACAGCAAGAACUGGCUAAACUGGAAGAGGAGAUCAAUACACUGAGGCAGGUUUUGUCGUCCAAAGAGAAGCAGCACGCAGAGCUCAAACAGAAACUGGGCAUCUCUCCUCUGAGCGAGCUCAGAAGCAACUUCAGCAGAGGCUGGCAUGACAUGCAGAGCUCUGUGGCCUACAAGAAGACAUCAGAGACGCUGUCCACAGCAGGACAGAGAACCUCAGCAGCCUUCAGCAACCUCGGCACCGCCAUCACCAGGAAGUUCGGAGACAUGAGCUACUCUAUCAGACACUCUAUGAGCAUGCCCACCAUGAGAAACUCUCCCAGCUUCAGGUCUUUUGAGGAGAAAGUUGAGAACACAGUGUCGACUAUCAAGACAAAGGUUGGUGCUACAGGGACGGGGGGCAGCUUUGAAGAAGUCCUCUCCUCCGCAGCAAAUGCCAGCUCUCAGGACACGCCCACUAACAACUUGACGGACAGCUCUGAGAGGCCGUGCUAGAGCUGCAUCCAGACCACGAGGCCAGACUAACACCAGGAACUCUGUCACUGCUGCGUCACAGCACUUUGUCGCAUAUCUACCCAAAGCUCUGACUGAAAUCUUACAGAAUGCUUUUAUUUGAUCACAAGUGUUAAGAUGCUUUUCCCCUGUAUGUUAUAAAAGUCUCCUAACACUUGGAUGAAAUCUUCCACAGCCCUAGAACCUUAGACUUGAUAGAAAAUUGGCACCAUAUCACAUUCUGAGCAGGUUUAGAGAUGUUUGAUCUCUGUUGUUGAAGGGCUCUUGUCAAACUUCAGGGUGGUGGAUUUUGUCAAAAAAGACAAAUGCCACCUGCCCUCCUGAGGCCUCCAAACCAUGUUACAGCACAGAUGUCCAUCAGAUAAGGCUGAAGGGGAAAAACAGUUAAACCUUAGUUUUAAAAAAGGAGGAUGGGCAGGAUGCAGAAAGAACCAAAACCCAGUGUUUCGGGUCUGUGUUUAUUCUGUUACUUAAGCUGAGCGUUGCAUGGCUUGGCUCAUGUAGUCACCUCAUCAUCACGAGUGAAACAUGCAGCUGUCAGAUCACAGCUGGAAUCCCUCAGACACAAAACAAGAUAUUAUUUAUUAUUUCUCUUGCAAUGUAAAUUCAACAUAAGUGGAAACAGUCACACUGGACUUGAGAGAUGACAGGACAUCUCGCUCUUGCAGGGGAUCUGCAGGUUUUGAAAAGUCUUAAAAAGCUGUUGGUCCAAAACUCAUUUACUACUUUAUAUGGCAAAAAAAAAAAAAAAAAACCAGCAACUGAUUCUUCAAUCAACUAAUUGUUACAGUUCUAAAAAGAAUGAAUUAUAUUU